AUGUCAGAAAAAGAAGAUAUUGAGACUCCAGUGAUAACUGAAGCAACCCCCACCCCUGAAGAUGAGAACUCCGAGCCAGCCAAGAAUUCUGAAUCUGACAACCAAAGUAUCAAGUUAGAGAGCAAAGCAACCGCCAUCCCUGAAGAUGAGAACUCCAAGCCAGCCAAGAAUUCUGAAUCUGACAACCAAAGUAUCAAGUCAGAGAGCAAACCUGAACUUGUAAUUUCUACUCGGAAAAGACCAGAGUCCAAACCUUCCAGUGACCAUGAGACUUCAGAAGUUCUUCCUAUUCAGGCAUCACAGGCUGAGACUGUUUCCAAAGAUGAACCCCAGACUGGAUGGGGCUAUUGGGGCAGCUGGGGCAAGUCCUUACUUUCCUCGGCCUCAGCUACAGUAGCCACAGUAGGACAAGGUAUUUCAAAUGUCAUUGAGAAGGCAGAGAAUUCCCUUGGAAUCCCUAAUCCCAGUGAAAUUUCAAAUGAGGUCCAGUAUGCAGCAGGAGAGACAAAUGCCAAAGAGAAUGAAAACUUCUCACCGAUGACUGGGGCACUUGGUGUAUUCUCUACUAUCUCUACUGCUGUUCAGAGCACAGGAAAGACGGUUAUCAGUGGGGGUUUGGAUGCCUUAGAAUUCAUUGGGAAAAAGACAAUGGAUGUAAUAGCAGAAGGGGAUCCUGGAUUUAAAAGAACCAAGGGUCUGAUGCACCGGAAUUCUACAUUGUCUCAGGUUUUAAGAGAGGCGAAGGAAAAGGAAGAGCAGAGGACCACAAAUGAGGUUACCAUAGAAACAGACAGGAAAACGCAUUACGGGGUACUCUUUGAUGAAUUUCAAGGUCUUUCACAUCUAGAAGCUCUGGAGAUGCUUUCCCGAGAAAGUGAAGUAAAGGUGAAAUCUAUUCUUAAUUCUCUAAGUGGAGAAGAAUUAGAGACUCUAAAAUUUGAAUUGGAGCAGCUAAAAGAAGCAUUUUUCCUACCAGAGUUCUCUGAGGAAGAGGAAGAAGAGAAAAAAGGGGAUGAAGAGUUUACCAAAGAGAUAACAGAGCUAUUUUCCCAGCUGCAUGUCUCCUCUAGACCAGAGAAACUUGCCAGGGCAAGAACUACAGCCUAUGAAUGGAUUAAGACAUCUCUGGAGAAGCCAUUAGAAGAGAAGGAAGAAGAAAAACAAUUAGAAGGAGAAAAAACUGAGCAAAUCAAUAAAAAUUCAAUAGAGGAUAUCCAUGCAUUUGCGAUCCGGAGCCUAGCCGAAAUGACUGCCUACUCAAUUGAAUUGUUUCACAAAACAGCAGCUCUGGUUCUGCAUGGCCAGAAGCAGGAAGUAACAGCUAUAGAAAGAAGCAGAACCCUUUCCCAGGUGACGGUUGUGUUAUGUAAAGAAUUGUCCUCUUUGUCUAAAGAGUUUACCACCUGCCUAACAACUGCUGGGGUCAAAGAAAAGGCAGACAUCCUUAAUCCAUUAAUUACUGCUGUAUUUCUAGAGGCAUCGAACAGUGCUUCCUACAUCCAGGAUGCCUUUCAGCUGCUCCUACCUGUGCUGGAGAUCUCGCUCAUUGAAAACAAGACUGAGUUACCAGAGGCAUGA